AUGACCCAGAAGGCUUCGCUCAGUAUUACUGACAACCGUACAAGAAAGACUUACGAGAUCCCAAUAUCCCACAACGCAAUUCACGCACCCCAUUUCAAGCAAAUAACAGCGCCUGAUGCCGAUACCGGUCUGCUCAUCUCUGACCCAGGACUUCGAAACACCGCCGUCGUCGAGUCAGAAGUUGCAUACCUGAAUGGCAGCACUGGAACCCUGCAUUACAGAAGCUACUCCGUCGGCGAACUCUACCACAAAGACCUACAAUAUGAGGAUGUCCUCCACCUCCUCACCUGGGGCUAUCUGCCGUCCCAAACGCAGAAAGCCCAGCUGCGAACAGAGCUUGCAGCCGCACUGUCGACGCCCGCAGACACAAUCUUCAGCGUCAUCCACGCCUUCCCGUGA